AUACACACAGACACACACACACACACACAGAAGAAGGAAGUCACUCCUUUCAGACAACACAAAACUGAUCUCUUUCUCAUAGCGAUUUCAGGAAAAUGGCCGAGGCCAGUAUUUCAGUAGAUCAGCUUUCUCAGGACCAGUUCAGGUGCCCAGUGUGUCUGGAACUCCUGAAGGAUGCGGUGACUAUCUCCUGUGGUCACAGUUUCUGUAAGGUGUGUAUUAAUGGCCACUGGGAUCAGGAGGAUCAGAAGGGUGUCUACAGCUGUCCUCAGUGCAGAGACACUUUCACUCCAAGGCCUGUUCUAUCCAGAAACAACAUGCUGGAUGAAGUGGUGGAGAAAGUGAAGAAGACAGAAGUCCAAGCUGCAUCUCCUGCUCACUGUUAUGCUGGACCUGAAGAUGUGGAGUGUGAUUUCUGCACCGGGAGAAAGCACAAAGCUGUCAAGUCCUGUCUGAUGUGUUUGGCUUCAUUUUGUGAAACUCAUCUGAAACCUCAUCUUGAAGACUCUACUUUGAAAAAACACACAUUGAUUGAAGCCUCAGCAAAACUCCAAGAGAAGAUCUGCUCUGAACAUCACAAGCUGAUUGAGAUCUACUGUCAGACUGAUCAAACCUGCAUCUGUUAUUUGUGUAUGAUGGAAAAUCACAAAGGUCACGACACCGUCACAGCCGCAGCAGAAAGAGCUGAGAAACAGAGUGAGUUAAAGAAGGAGCAGAUGAAAUCCCAGCAGAGAAUCCAGGAGAAGCAGAAGAAGGUGCAGGAGCUGAAACAGGCUGUGAACACUAUAAAGCUCAGUGCACAGACAGCAGUGGAGGACAGUGAGAGGAUCUUUACUGAGCUGAUCAGCUCCAUGGAGAAAAAGCGCUGGGGGGUGACGGAGCUGAUCAGAGAUCAGGAGAAGGCUGAACUGAGUCGAGCUGAACGACUCCUGGAGCAACUGGAGCAGGAGAUUGCUGAUCUUCAGAGGAGAGUCACUGAGCUGGAGCAGCUUUCACACACACACGAUCACAUACAUUUCCUCCAGGUUUUAGCUUCUGGACGUCACUCUCCUCCACUUAUCGGACCAGAUUUUCGCACAUCCAGCGUCACUGUCCAUCAACAUCUCUCAUUUGAUGGAGUAAGGAAUUCUCUCUCAGAUCUGAAAAAGAGACUCGAGGAAUUCUGUGAGGAGGAAUUCAACAAAAUCCCUCCACAUGCUGCAGCAGUUCAGAUCAUUUCAGGACCAGAACCACAGAGCAGAGAAGAGUUUCUGAAAUUUUGGUUUUUCUCUUUUAUUUUAGAUUUCCGUUAUCUGACUCUGGAUCCCAACACGGCACAUCGUCACCUCAUUCUGUCUGAGAAGAACAGAGCGGUGAAUGACAGUGGGAGAGAGCAGCGUUACUCUGAUCAUCCAGAGAGAUUUGAUUCCUGGGAGCAGGUGUUGUGUAAGGAGAGUGUGUGUGGACGUUGUUACUGGGAGGUGGAGUGGAGCGGUGAUGGUGGUGUGUCCAUAGCAGUCUCAUAUAAAGACAUCAGCAGGGAAGGACGGGUUAAUGAGUGCGGGUUUGGAGGCAACAAUCAGUCCUGGAGUUUGCGGUGUGCUUCUUCUUCUUCUUCUUCUCUCUCUUUCUAUCACGACAACAUUGAGACUGUUCUCAGAGGUCCAUCACCCUCCAGAAUAGGAGUGUAUGUGGAUCACAGUGCAGGAACUCUGUCCUUCUACAGCGUCUCUUACGCAAUGAAGCUCCUCCACAGAGUCCACACCACAUUCACUCAGCCUCUACACGCUGGAUUUGGGGUCUACAAAGUUUCUGGGUUCGCGUUCUACUGGUCUCCUGGUUCUACAGUGAGAUUGUGUGAUCGAGAAUAAAAGUGUGUAGUGUUUUCUGUAAAAUUCCUGCAUGUUGCCAUGUUGUUGCUCAGUCGUCUGCUUCACUAGAACACAAUCCAGCUGCACAAAAACACUCAUUUUAAUAUUUAAGUUAAAACGUAUAAUGUUUUAUUAUUAUUAUUAUUAUUCGUCACAUGCACACUUCAAGUACAGUGAAAUUCAUCCUCUGCAUUUAACCCAUCUGAAGCAGUGAACACACUCACACCCAGAGCAGUGGGCAGCCCAGAGCACCCGGGGAGCAGUCAGGGGUUCGGUACCUUGCUCAAGGGCACCUCAGCCCAAGGCCGCCCCACGUCAACCUAACUGCAUAUCUUUGGACUGUGGGGGAAACUGGAGCACCCGGAGGAAACCCAUGCAGACAUGGGGAGAACAUGCAAAGUCCAGACAGAAAGGCCCUCGCCGGCCACUGGGUUCGAACCCAGAACCUUCUUGCUGUGAGGCGAACGUGCUAACCACUACACCACCGUAAAUGUAUAAUAAUUAAAGGUAGACUGCCUUUCAGAUUUUUCUAAUUUAGGCCAUAAAAAGAAUUUUCCCUGACACCCAAUUAUUUUUUUAGUGGACUGUAAGCUACUGAAUUUGACACUCAGACUUCAAAUUUUAUUACUUUUUUCCCCUCAAAGAACAAUUAAUGAAUUUAGAGCCACGUGGCCCUAAAUUCUCCGCCAUUUUUUUCUUGCUUCACCGUGACCUUAUCCAACAUGUUAUGUCGUGCAUGAGGUGGUGGGGUUUCCCCAUUGUGGGAUACAAAUUUGUACCCUGAGAGAACAAUGGAGGACCGACCACAGUAACGGAAAGUGGGAAGAAAAAACUCUGUAUUGCGAAGGAAAGGAAACGCAGGACCAAAAUAAUAACAGCAAACACAAAAAUCAAAAAGAUGAAUGUAACGGCUUCGCUGAUCUAGUGGACACUGAAACAGGCAGGCGGGAUCAAUGUCACUUUCGUUUUUAUUUUUUAAACUGUCACUUAACACAAAACAUGCUUUUCAGCAGUUUCAAAAUAAACUAUGUGUCACUGCCCUGAUGUGAUUUCAGCCAGGGACAGAGAUUCACACUGCACACACACACCACCUUCACCGGGCUCGUGCUCCACUCACCAACUGGCACUUGGCCACGCCCCCCACCACAGUGAAAAAGAACUGUAUACUGUCUUGCUCAACGAAAUAAACUGCGCAGUAUGAUCGUGAAUCGAGAGGUUGUUCACCUGAAGUUGUGCAAUAUACAGUAGGUGUAUAGUUUAAUUACACACAUUUUCGCUCAGCGGUCUUCACCAUCGCAAUGAUAAACAAAGAAUCUUCUAUGUAAACUAUCUAAUGCACAGGAAUAAUAUUUACAUUGUGAAAUCACGACAUACUUUUCAUUAUGACUAACGAAUAUUGACUAGAACACGCUCAGUGUUUAUUGUUUAUUGCACAUACAAGAACAAAAUUGGCUUAACAAAAUAUACCAAAUACUAAGACAUGCAGGGGAGGCCUGAAACUUGAUGGUUUUUCAAGAGCCUCCUCUUAUUAAGAUAAAAAUGACAAUAUUAAGGUCAACUUAUAUAAAGCAUAAAAAAGUUAAUAAUUAAAGUAAUUGAUCAAUAGAUAGCCGGGGAAACAAACAUAUAAUUUGCUACAAGCAAAUAUAUGAAUUCAUGGUAAAAUAACAAUGAUGACAUCGAUUUGCUGAAUAAAAUGAUAGGAAUAAGCUUCAGAUCAACUUACUGAACAAAACUAAAAUUAAGCAUGAAAACAUCGUCAAUUAUGAACAAUUAAUCGAUAACAAGGAUUUGGAAAGAGAUCAGUGUAAUUUUGUAGCUGGAUUAUUCAAGAUUUCCUUUAGCAGUUGCUUCUUGAAAAGGGGCAGCGACGUACUGUUUUGUAAUUGUUUUUUUUAGACUAUUCCAUCCAAAGGGUCGUCUAUACAUUAAAGUAAACUGUCGCUGAUUAGAUUUGGUUCGAAUCGGUCUUAAGUUAUUGCACUGUCUUGUGUUGUCUUUGAGGAUAUCUGAGUUAUAUAUAAUGCUAUCUCUGUAAUGUGCUGGUAAACAUCAACUUCCAUAGAUGAUUUUGUGAACAAAAAGACUAAUCUGUAAUUUGUUAAUGUUGUAUAUUGUUAAUAUUUUUAAGUCAUGAAACAAAUUUGUUGAAGGGAAUGUAUAUGACUCAUUUGAAGCGAUCCUAAUAAAGCGUUUCUGUAGUAAGAGCAGUGGCUUUAGCGUUGUUGUGUAAGUGCUUGCCCAUAUAAUAUUACAGCAUGUUCGGUACGGGCAAAUCUAGGUGUAGUAUAGAAUCAUAAAAGUGUUUUUUGUGAUAGUAAAUUUCCAACUUUUCGUAUUAUUCCGAUAUUUUUGUCUAUCUUUUUGCUAAUGAGCUCAACAUGAUUUUUCCAUGCAAGUUUUUCAUCUAUUAAAAC